UGCUGAUUACGAGAACCACUCGACAGGCUUGCCAGCGCGGAGGGCCAGACCUGGGCGCGCAGGCGACAUCACAACCACCGCCGGGUACGCAAAUCUGACUGUGGUACAGUACAUGAGCGUGCUGAUCAGCGUCUCAAAGACUGACCGGCCCGUCUGGGCGGUGCGCUGCGCGAUGCACCGCCAGUCCUGCGCGCUUCAAGCGAGCGCGCGAUGAGACGGAGAUAGCUUUCGAAAUCUGAGACACGCGUACAUGCCGCCAUGACGCAGGCACUGGAACCAUAUCUCUGGUACGCGCUGCAGACCCACGUGCGCACGCAUCGCACCCCGCCUCCCCUCCCCUUCCUUCUACAUGGAUCGAUUCGCGCUCACCUCUACGCCAGCCCUGCACGCAUAGGAUACCGGCAACGGUGGGCCGGCCCACCCAGGCGCCGUCCCUCUUCUUCCCCACGCCGCAGCGCCGAGUCGCAUCUGCAAGCCGUGCCCAGGGAGAAAAUGGGUCUUGGCAGCAGAAAGACGCGCGGUGCACUGCAGAUUCGCCCUCUCAAACAGACGCAUUCCCCCCACCCGCUUCAUUACUCCAGUGGCUCCUACUCUGACAGCUCUUACCUCUACUCGUACUUGUGUGGAGGAGUAGACCGCCAGCAGGAGCUUCCGCAGAUGGCUGGAGACGGCUGGGCCCCCGCCCAGUCUCGAGAUGGCAGGCACGCACAGGCAAUUUUGAGAGAGGACUAUGAAUUCUUGCAUUACACCAUCACACUAUAUACAGAUCCCUGGAAGCGCCUCUACCCUCAUCUCAGUCGACAAGUCGACAAGUGGCCCUGAUUGACGGCUCUUUGUGCUCGCUGGCUCGUGCCUGCUGGCCAGAGCUCUCGCAUCUUUUCAGCUUUCUGUUUCUCCUCCAUGAGAUGACAGCGACGGCCAUUCUGAAUCUUCCAUGCUGUGGGACGUAUGUUCUUCGUAUGCUGCUGUGGGUGCUGCGGUGGGUCUACCCUCGACAACAGAGCGAAAUGAUCUCGCCGGU